CAACUUCAACCAUCUUCAGUCAUACCAACACCACCAACACCAACAAAAUACCAUCCUCUUUCUUCACUUCUGAACCUAUCGUCUCCUGUGCCCUUUAUAGUAUUGCCCCAAUUCACAGACUACCGCCCAACGCCCCCCGCAAACCUGCACCCCUCAAUCCUCCAACUCUCUCUUUGGUCUACUUCCUUGGGCCACGACUUUUCUCCAUCCGUCCAUCUGCGGCUUCUCGGAAUCUCAAACCAUGAAUAGAUGAUGUCUGCCUCUCCGGCUUCAUCGGCUGAAGCUCAAGCUUCUAAUCCUCCCAAGCCACCCAAACGCCCACGCCCACGCCGACCUAAUUACAACUACAUCCACCGGAACUUACUACCCGUCGAGGUUCACCCAUUACCUGUACUCAUACCUCACAAUCCACUCUCUUUGGUCGCAAUUGCCUUGUCCUAUCUCUGCCAAGUCCUUCUCCCUCCCUCACAACCCAAAUACAAUGGAUACUUUUCUUCAGUCACCUCGUCAAUACAUGUCACCGACCCUAACACAAUCCGGAAGCUAUGGGAAAUGGGCUUUUUCGGCCGGGGGAAUCUAAGCCGAAGCGAGCCGACUUGGUUAGAAAAUCGAAAGAAGAAGGGAUCCACGGCAGAAGAGAAUACUGCCUCACGUCGACAAGAACGAAGACAACAAAAGUUGGAGCGAGCUAGAAAAGAACAGCAGGAAAUCGAUCAAACCUUGUCGGAAGAGUCUCAAAAUGUUCCAAAUGGGAAUAUUCUGGGGAUCGCUCAGGGAAACGUUCUCAAGACGAACGCGCGAGAUCUAAGUGACAUUGCCAGCGUCCUGGAGUCGCCUUCUGUCGACGAUAAGGAGAACGGCUCAAUUCAUGGGUAUGAUGAAUGGAAAAAACAGAUUGAAGCGAAUGGUAUCCCAACCCCGCCACCUACUUCGACUUCUUCCGACGCCAGUCAUCCGGAGAUGCGACCCACAAAACGACUCCAAAGAACCAAAACUGUGCGAUUUUCGCCCACAAUCGAGGCUCGAGAAUUUGACCUGAGUUCACCAGUAAUGUCUCCCAUCAAACAACCAGGCAUCUCGCCUCUUGAAGACACGGUCCCGUUAGAAACACCAACCCAAGAAAAUCAAGAACACUUGACGCUGUCGUUGGAAGAAGCUUUCUUUUUGUCAUAUGCACUGGGCACCUUGAAUGUGUACUGUGACGACAGUGAAGCUAUUCUCCAGCCGUCGUCUCUAUUGUCACUUUUUCGACGACGUUCAUAUCACCCGCCUCGGUCACUAUCGCUGCCCGAAGAACCAAAUGAUCCUUUUGUGCUAUCUUACGUGGUCUAUCAUCACUAUCGCUCUCUCGGUUGGGUGGUGAGAUCAGGCGUCAAAUUUUCGACUGAUUAUCUCCUUUACAAUCGAGGUCCGGCAUUCUCCCAUGCAGAAUUUGCCGUGGUGAUUGUACCAUCGUACAAUGAUCCCUAUUGGGCUGACAGGAAAAUGGAAAAGAAAAAGGGCUGGUGGUGGUUACAUGGAGUGAAUCGCGUCCAGGCCCAAGUCCACAAACAACUGGUAUUGUGUUAUGUCGACGUGCCUCCGCCACUGCAUGACGGCGAGAGAGGCAAGAGUGUUGAUAUUGGCAAUCUCCUUUCCAGGUACAAAAUUCGUGAUGUGAAUUUACGACGCUGGACACCCAACAGGGGUCGGGAUUGAAUAUGAUAAUGGAACAUGAGAUGACGAAUGUAUGAGACACGCUUGAGAUACGAUAUCAUCAUGGGAUGAGAUUUCUUGGGUAGGACCACUCGCAGUGCACUUUUAGCGUCGCUCAUGACUGACAAUGAUUAAAUUGGAC